CCCAGAGUGCAGUGUGAGGUUUGCCCCACCCCAUGUCUCAGCCCUUAUUUCCCAGCCGUGAGAAAUAGAGCAAAAUACUGCAAGCAGCGGCGGCAGCACCCCUCCUUCACCCAGCAGGGACCGGGGCACCCCAACAUCCCCCGCCCAGGAAGACAGCCAGGGGCCCCCGCUUCCCCUCUGCGGGAGGAGGACACGGCGCACAGAGGAGGGGGUUCUGCACAGGAGGAGGAUCGGAAACCACUGGGGACACGGACACCCCAAUAAUCAGGAUUACACCCCAGCCCACCCACCCCGCACCACCCGGAGGAUCAGAGAGACUGGGACCGGGGUGUGCGGCCUCUGACCCGGGGAACACCCUCUGCCUUGCUCCCCUGCGCCGCACAGGGCCAGGGGGCUCUUACCUGGGGGUCCUGUUGCCGGUUGUCUCUAAUUAAGACAUCCAGCGCCGCCUGCCCGCACCCCACUUCCCUUCCCGCACCGCACACACCGCGGGGGGGCCCUGCCCCUGCCCUGAUCGCCGCCAGAUAGCGGGGUGCUCCCCCCAGUGCCCCCGGCUCCCCCCGUGUGCGAUCAGACACUGAGAGGAGGAGAAACCGGGCGACCAUUUUAAGACAGGAAGAGCAAGAGAGGGGGAGGCUCCCUGACAUCUCCCCUCUCCCCGCCGCUACCAGGGGGCCGCCGCUACUGCUGCCAAUGGUUAAUUCGGGGGCGUGUGACCCCCGCACAGCCGCCACUAAUGAGUGACCGCUCGGGCUGAUUAGCGGAGUUCCUGCCCCGGGCGGCCACCCUGCUGCUGCUGCGCUCCUCUCUCUUAUCGGCGUCUCAUCGCGCCAGCCUCUCGCCCCGGUGUGUGCGGGAGGGAGGGCCGCGGCCUACUUGUUUGUUUUGCCUCCUCCGUCCAGUGCGGCUUUUCCUGAAGGCGGAGGCUGGCCUGCGGGGGGUGGUGAGCGGGUCAGCGGCGGGCGGGGUGCUCGGUGCGGCUGCGGGCCCUGACUGGGACGUGUAGCCGGUGGCGGUGCAGGGGAGCAGGAUGGGCUGCCUGGGGAACAGCAAGACGGAGGACCAGCGCAAUGAGGAGAAGGCGCAGCGGGAGGCCAACAAGAAGAUUGAGAAGCAGCUGCAGAAGGACAAGCAGGUGUACCGGGCCACGCACAGGCUGCUGCUGCUGGGUGCUGGAGAAUCUGGGAAAAGCACAAUUGUGAAACAAAUGCGAAUUCUUCAUGUGAAUGGAUUUAAUGCAGAAGAGAAAAAGAUAAAAGUUCAAGAUAUAAAGAAUAACAUUAAAGAGGCUAUUGAGACCAUAGUUACAGCAAUGGGAAAUCUGUCACCUCCAGUGGAGCUAGCAAAUCCAGACAGCCAGUUCCGAAUUGAUUAUAUCACAAAUUUACCGAGUCACAAGGAUUUUGACUUCCCAUCAGAGUUCUAUGAGCAUACAAAAGCACUCUGGCAAGACGAGGGUGUGAAGGCCUGCUACGAGAGAUCGAAUGAAUAUCAACUCAUUGACUGCGCACAGUAUUUUCUAGACAAAAUUGAUAUCGUGCAACAGAAUGAUUACACACCGAGUGAUCAGGAUUUGCUACGAUGCAGAGUCCUGACAUCAGGAAUAUUUGAAACAAAGUUUCAGGUUGACAAAGUAAACUUUCAUAUGUUUGAUGUUGGCGGUCAACGUGACGAACGCAGAAAAUGGAUCCAGUGCUUUAACGAUGUGACGGCGAUUAUAUUUGUGGUUGCCAGCAGCAGUUAUAAUAUGGUGAUCCGGGAGGACAAUCAGACCAACAGGCUCCAGGAAGCACUAAACCUCUUCAAGAGCAUCUGGAACAAUAGGUGGCUACGGACCAUUUCAGUCAUUCUCUUCUUGAAUAAACAAGAUCUACUUGCAGAGAAGGUUUUGGCUGGAAAAUCUAAAAUAGAGGACUACUUUCCAGAGUUUGCUCGUUAUACUACCCCAGAUGAUGCAACUCCAGAACCCGGGGAGGACCCCAGAGUCACAAGGGCCAAGUAUUUUAUUAGAGAUGAGUUUCUUAGAAUCAGUACAGCAAGCGGAGAUGGGCGGCACUACUGUUACCCUCACUUCACGUGUGCAGUGGAUACUGAAAAUAUUCGCAGGGUUUUUAAUGAUUGUCGGGACAUUAUCCAAAGGAUGCAUCUCCGUCAGUACGAACUGUUGUGAUGGAGAGAUUCUCAAUUAUAAAUAUAUAUAUAUUUUUUCUCCACCCUGGACUCUUAAUUCAAUUUAAAAAGAAAACGAAACUACAAAGAUCCUACACAACAAAAAAAAUCUGUAAAAAGGGGGUGGUGAAACCAUACACCCAUCAAGGGAUGGAAAAAUGUGUGCAUUCUCCCUCUCCAGCUUGCACCUGUUUUGCUUGUUUCCUUGCUGCUGGACAAUUGUGGAACUGUUAGCUUGCUGUCCUUCACCCCCUCUGUCCUGAAACGGCACGGGCUGGCACCAAAUGUACCCUUGACUGGAUUACCCCACCCCCCAAAUGCCAACAUUAAAUGCAGUGCGUGUGGAGGAUUUUGACUUCAUAUAAUGUAUACACAUGCAUCUGGAAGAGGGACUGUCUGUGCAAUGGGUUUGGAGACUGUACUGAUUAUUUCUUCCCCUCAAUAAUAAGAGCCUAAUUUUAUCCUUUUGACCCUCACCCAUUAUAUCAACUUUGUAUCCCUUCACUGCAUUGCUGACCGCCGACUGAAAGGACAUUCGACUCUCGACUGUAAUAUUGUGGCUUCAUAUUACGGAGCUGGGAGGCUCCCUGCCAUCACUGGGAGGGCAGCGGCAAGAAAUUUUAUGCCUUUAACAAGGGUGCCAUUAUUUUUCUUUUCUUUUUUUUUUUUUUUUAGAAAAAAACAAAACAAUAAAUACUUGGAUAUGAAUUUCAACAUAUCAAUGUAUUUAUUUCCAAAAAAAAAAAUCCUGGACAUUUGUGCUCUGAAUUAGUCAUGCAUAUUUCUUUUUGUUUUUUUUGUUUUGUUUUGUUGUUUUUCUUCUGUCCCCUCUUUGUCUUUUAAACGAUCUCUUGUGAUCUUUAAUUCUUCAAUCCUGAGCAAAAUGUUAGACCUCUGUCCUCACAAACAUGAUCACUCCCUUUCCUUCUGUACAACACCCCUCACUUUCUUUUCAUGGUUUUGUUUUUAUUUUACUGCUGGAUUAUUCUUUGUACAGAAUGUAAAAUGUAUUAUUUUGUACAACUUUAUUGAAAAAAAAAAAUAACUUGUAGAAGAUCUUUGUGCCUUGAUUUUGGCUGUGCCCUGUACAAUGAGCUAAGAUGUAAGUAUGUCAAAUUACUCUGUACAGCAAUGUCACCUUUGCCUCCUACCCCCUUUUCCUUCCUGUGUUCCUUCAACAUGGGGCAAAUCGAUCUGUAGUACUAGUUAUUUUUUUUUCUUCCUGGUUUACAAAAAGGAAAAAAGCUGUUUAGUAAAAAAUUUACAAAAUGUACAAAUGUUGCAAAUUAACCACUUUAAAAGUGGGUCUUCAUGAUGUGACCCACUGUGGCUUCAUCGUGCUUUUAACUUUUAGCUUGAACUCAUUUAAACAUCUAUCCAAAUGCAAGAACCUGGCUUGUUUCUACAUAAACCAAAUUUUGCUACAAAUAA